UCGGGGAUUGGUCCAUUUUCACGGCUACUGCGUUACCUAAAGCCCGGAACUUGUGGUCGCACGUGUAGGGAAUCCUGCAACUGCGGCGGGGGAUCCCAAGACUAGUAGGGUGACUGGCCGCUCCUCGCGGGGGAGAGCGCCGCACGGCAGCAGCAUGCCUCAUAGGAAGAAAAAGCCAUUUAUAGAGAAGAAGAAAGCUGUGUCUUUUCAUUUGGUCCACCGGAGCCAGCGAGAUCCUUUAGCAGCCGAUGAAACUGCGCCCCAGAGGGUUCUGUUGCCUACCCAGAAAAUAAAUGAUGAAGAAAGGCUAGCGGAGCAGAGAAAGUAUGGAGUGUUCUUUGAUGAUGACUAUGACUACCUGCAGCACCUGAAGGAAACAGCUGGGCCCUCAGAGCUUAUCCCCAACCACACCUCCAGUGUGUACAGCAGCAGAGAUGAGAAGGAAGAAACUUCAUUAGUUCCUAGCACUGGAAUUAAGUUGCCUUCAUCAGUGUUUGCAUCAGAGUUUGAGGAAGAUGUUGGAUUGUUAAAUAAAGCAGCUCCAGUUUCAGGACCUCGACUGGAUUUUGAUCCUGACAUUGUUGCAGCUCUUGAUGAUGAUUUUGACUUCGAUGAUCCAGAUAAUGUGCUUGAAGAUGACUUUAUCCUUCAGGCCAAUAAGCCAGCAGAAGAGGAAGAGGGAGUGGAAAUUCUGAAACCUGAGAGUGAAGAUGGCAGUGAGUGGGAAGAUGUGGAUGAGGAGACCGGAAGAGGCAGUGUCGAUGAGGGUGACUGUGACUCUCUGGGCCCAUGGUCAGAGGAAGAUGCGCCGUUUCCCCUUGGAGAACCUCGUGGGGCCAUAGAAAAGCAUUUGUUCUGGGAGGAGGAAACAAAAAGUCGCUUCACAGAGUAUUCUAUGACUUCCUCAGUCAUGAGGAGAAAUGAGCAGCUGACUCUACACGAUGAGAGAUUUGAGAAGUUUUAUGAACAGUAUGAUGAUGUUGAGAUUGGAGCUCUGGAUAAUGCUGAAUUGGAAGGUUCCAUUCAGGUAGACAGCAACCGUUUACAGGAAGUUUUGAAUGACUACCAUAAAGAGAAGGCCGAGAAUUGUGUAAAGCUGAAUACUCUUGAACCCUUUGAGGAUCAAGACCUGCCAUUGAAUGAGCUUGAUGAGUCUGAAGAAGAGAUUAUUACUGUAGUUGUUGAAGAAACCAAAGAGAAGUGGGAUUGUGAAUCCAUUUGCAGUACAUACUCAAAUUUAUACAAUCAUCCACAGCUUAUCAAGUAUCAACCAAAGCCCAAACAAAUUCACAUAUCUACUAAGACAGGAAUACCUCUCAGUGUCUUACCUCAGAAAGGACUCACAGCAAAGCAAGUUGAACGAAUGCAGAUGAUUAAUGGCAGUGAUCUGCCUAGGGUAUCAACCCAACCACGCUCUAAACAUGAAAGCAAAGAAGAUAAAAGAGCAAGAAAGCAAGCUAUAAAAGAGGAGCGCAAGGAACGAAGAGUGGAGAAGAAAGCUAACAAAUUAGCAUUCAAGCUGGAGAAGAGAAGACAGGAAAAGGAGCUGCUGAACUUGAAGAAGAACGUUGAAGGUCUAAAGCUGUAGAUGUGGCACAGUAAGGAUAAGGCACAUUCCCCGUUAGGGCUUCUCGUUGUUCUCCAUAGUUAGCCAGGAUCUUCAGAGGUAACUGUACUCUGCCAUUUUCCCUGGCAGAUGUCGAAGAGAAAAGUACAAUUACAGUAUUUUUAUACCAGCAAGUUCUCCCUGUCAGCUGUCUUGUGAAUAUUGUAACAUUUUAAAUUUAAAUUAUAAGCUUAGAUUUGCUCUAAAAUAAAUGACUUCAUGAAUAUGA